CUCCUUCCAACGGAUCGGUCGCGGUCUAAGUCAGCUUUAGAGAAUCCAAAUAUCGAAAAAUCAUCUGGAUAUGAUCACAUCUCUCCGAAUUGUUGGUUUUCACAUGACGUCACUAAAAUUCAAACUAAAAACUAUCGAUCCUACCGAGAUUUUACUUUCACGAUGCAUUAGAGCAGCUGAAAACUAAUUUUCAUACAAAUUUUCGCUUCAAAAGGGCUCUUGGUUUUGUGAUAGAGUACGCUUGAAUUUCUAAGCUUUUGCGUGACGCGGUAUUUACGUGACGGCCAAGAGAGCUGUCAUGUAGGUUAAAAAAAUGACUUAUUUCAGAAAAGUUUGCUAUCUAAACAGUUCAUGUAUUAGAAAAAGUAUUACUUUAAUGUUUAUGAGUUUCUCGAAGAAUAAAUUCACACUUUUAUAGCCAAACAUGGUAACAGAUGUUUCUAUUGGUUUCCGUCCGCCAUGUUGGAGCUCAUCCAGGUGAGCACCAGCAUGGCGUCUCCAUACAAAUCUCUAUAAGUUUGGGCAAAACAUUUCUUCGGAUAUCUCGUAUACGAAAUAUUCCUCUGACCUGAAUCUUGGCGAGGGUCUUUGUAUACGUACCUCCUUUCAUCUCCCAGAUUCUGGGCUUUAUCUAUUGAACGGUUUUGAUUUUUAUAUUGAUCUAUUUUGAAUAGCGUGACACUGAAAACCAGUAAUAUGUUGAGACUAGGAUCUAACGGUAUAGUAGACCUAAACACCAAAAGCUAUACGAUGAGAGUAUACAAUCAGGUAAAUGGCCUAAGAGGGUUCCCAAUAGGGUUCUUCAAUCCCUUGUUCCCGACUUAAAAUUUCGUGCAAUCCCGUAAUCCGGAUGGUUAUUCUUGGCAUCCAACCUCGUGCGCAUACUUGUCCCCAUUUUCCUUCAGAAUCCCGAAUCCCGAGCUUCAAUUAAACCCGUUGGGGACCCUCGCUUGAAUCAUGGAAAAAAGGCUUGUGGAAGCCAGUCUACAAAAAGGAGGAUCGAUCUACUGAGAAGA